UGUGACACUGCCCAGAGGGAGCCAUGGCUGCAGAGAACCCGGUGGAAAGUCUCCAGGAGGAAGCGACAUGUCCCGUCUGUCUGGAGUAUUUCACAGAACCUGUCACUCUGGAGUGUGGGCACAAUUUCUGCCGAGUCUGCAUCACCCAGUGCUGGGAGGGAUCCAAUACAGCCGCCUCCUGCCCUCAGUGCAGAGAAACUGUGCAGCAGAGAAACCUCAGGCCCAACAGGCAGCUGGCAAAUGUUGUAGAAAUCGCCAAACGGCUGAGUUUACAGGCAGCAAAGGGAACAGGAGGGGAUGGGGUGUGUGAGAGACACCAGGAGACUCUGAAACUGUUCUGCGAAGAGGAUCAAACCCCAAUCUGUGUGGUGUGUGACAGAUCCCGGGCUCACCGCGCUCACACGGUGGUUCCCAUAGAGGAAGCUGCCCAGGAGUACAAGGGGAAAGUGAAGAAUAGGAGAGAGAUGAUUGCAGGUGAAUUUAACAAACUGCACACACUGCUGAGAGAGGAGGAGCAGCUGCUUCUGCAGAGCCUGGAGGAGGAGGAGAGGGCGACUCUGCAGAGACUACAGGAAAAUGUAACUAAACUCUCCCAGCAAAGCUCCUCUCUGCAGCAGCUGAUCACACGGAUCGAGGAGAAGUGUCGGCAACCAGUUGUCGAGUUGCUAAAGGAUGUGAAAAGCACCUUGAGCAGGAGUGAGAAUGUGAAACUCCAGGAACCAGAAGCUGUUUCUAUUGACCUGAAGAACGUGUAUAACAUUUCCCUUGACAUGAGGGAAGCGCUGAAGAGAUUGGAGUGGACGUGACUCUGGAUCCAGACACGGCAAAUCCCGAACUCGUCCUGUCUGAGGAUCGGAAACGUGUGAGACACGGAG